AUGGUGUCAGGCAUUUUAGACUGGCAGUCACCAGUGUUGUCACCGCCACUAUCAUUAUCAACAACUGAUUUGAUAAACCAUGUGAAUGAUGAUGAGCUUGUAAAAUCGCUGGAGGCAGACGAAGGUAUAGUGACCGUCUAUUCCAAUAUUACCAGUUCAAAUACAAGCAUCCUUACCGGCACGGUGCUUAAUGCGACAAAUUCGAGUGCGUUUCAUCGCAUUCAUGAAAGUGAACAGAGUCUUAGCAGUGGCGAAACGAAAGAAGACAGCAUCGGCAGUGGUUUCGACAUUCACGCCCAACUUGUUUUUUACAAUGUCACAACGUCUUCUGAGGAAGGUGACGAAACGGAGGAGUCAAACGCACUGUUCAGAGAAUACAACUACGGUAGGAAAGUUGCACAAAAUCCUUCGCAGAUAUCAAAAAAACUUGCUGGAGCAACUGUUUAA